AGUUAACAAUUUUCAGUUUGCGUGGAACGUUUAAAAACGCGCAACAAAAAACGACCAGAAAGCAAAACAAUAAAAACAAAACCAAUUGGAAAAGCGUCUAAACUACGUGCUAACUAAUUGUGAAUACUGCAUUAGUCAAGUGCUUUUCUUAAUAAACGAUACGACGAGGACAACGAGGAGAGUGUGACUACCGAUACGAUAUUUCAUGUGUCGCUUAAGUGGAAGCGAGACAGGGCGAUCAACAAGUGGUGGCUAAAAAUCUAAAAACCCAAAACGAAUAGGAAAACUCAAAAAAAUGUCGCGGCACGAGAAAACGAAAUCAACCGGAGGUGGUAUAUUAGAUAGCCUCUUUGGCAGACCUUCGAAAACGAAAGGUGGCAGCUAUAGCAGCAAUACUCUGACUCAUGGCGGCAGACCCACCUCCACAGAUAAUAAUGCGAUACCCGGUGCCGAGGAUUGGGUGCGUUAUAUACAGGAUUUGAACGAUGCACAAUUGGAAGCCAAAUUUUUGGAAAUUAUCGAUGAUAUGAAUAUACCCAAGGAUAAACGGGAACCGCUCUUGGCCAAAUCCAAGGAGGAGCGUCAAAAAAUGCUUUUAAUGCACUUAAAAGGUAAAAACUCACUGGAGCGCAGCGCCAACUCUCGUUUCGAGAAGCCCAACGACUACAUUGAAUAUCUGCAGAAUGGCGAACAUAGCGAGAAUAAAAUCUAUCAAUGCGUGGAAUCAUUGCGUGUGGCACUCACAAGUAAUCCCAUCUCAUGGUGUCGGGAAUUCGGUGAAGCGGGCAUCGGACAGAUCGAGAAACUCCUGACGAAAGCCAAAAAGGAUCGAACCUAUGAUCGCAUUGAAUUCGAAGCUGUGCGCUGCCUGAAGGCCAUUAUGAAUAAUACAUGGGGUCUUAAUGUUGUAUUGACACCCGAUCAGCACAGUGUGAUCUUGCAUUUGGCCCAGUCACUGGAUCCCCGCAGGCCGCAGACCAUGUGCGAGGCAUUGAAAUUGUUGGCCUCGUUUUGCAUUGUCUACGAGAGAAACGGCUAUGAGAAGGUGUUGCGUGCCAUUACGACAAUAGCGGCCACAUCGUAUAAAUCCAGCGAAAGAUUUCGACCAAUUGUCGAUGCUCUGUUUGCGUCCGAUAAGCAGGAUCCUAAGAGAGAAUUGGCAUGUCAUAGUUUGAUCUUUAUAAACACACUGACAAACACGCCAUCAGAUUUGAAUUUCCGUUUGCACUUGCGCUGCGAGAUUAUGCGAAUGGGAUUGUAUGAACGUUUCGAUGAAUUUAAACAAAUUGUCGAGACUAGCAAUAAUGAGGCAUUGCAGCAGCAUUUCAAAAUCUUCAAUGAGAUCAGAGAGGAUGAUUUUGAGGAGUUUGUUCAACGUUUCGAUAAUGUCACAUUCAAUAUGGAUGAUGCCCAGGAUUGUUUCGAUGUCCUUAAGAAUCUGGUGACCGAUACAACAUCGGAACCAUAUUUCCUGUCGAUUCUUCAGCAUUUGUUAUACAUACGUGAUGAUUUUUACUUUAGGCCAGCUUAUUAUCAAUUGAUUGAGGAAUGCAUUUCACAGAUUGUCUUCCACAAGGGCUACUGUGAUCCGAAUUUCGAGAAUCGAAAUUUUAAUAUAGACACGUCCCUUCUACUCGAUGACAUGGUUGAGAAAGCCAAGGCCAAAGAAUCGAAACGUUCCGAGGAGUAUGAGAAGAAGAUUGAGCAACUGGAAAGUGCCAAGCAGGAGGCUGAGGCUAAAGCGGCUCAUCUCGAGGAGAAAGUCAAAUUAAUGGAAGCGAAUGGUGUGGCGGCUCCAUCACCUAAUAAACUACCAAAAGUUGAUAUACCAAUGCCGAAAGGAAAAGGAGGUGGAGCACCCCCACCUCCACCGCCACCCAUGCCGGGUCGUGGUCCUGGAGGACCACCCCCGCCGCCACCACCGCCAAUGCCUGGAAAAGCUGGAGGACCUCCACCGCCACCUCCUCCGCCGGGAAUGGGUGGUGGGCCACCACCGCCACCGAUGCCUGGCAUGAUACGACCUGGUGGUCCACCGCCACCACCCAUGAUGAUGGGACCAAUGGUUCCCGUGCUACCACAUGGACUGAAGCCGAAAAAGAAAUAUGAUGUCAAGAAUCCAAUGAAGCGUGCCAACUGGAAAGCCAUUUUGCCCACGAAAAUGUCUGAGAAAGCCUUUUGGGUUAAAUGCCAAGAGGAUAAGUUGGCUCAAGAUGAUUUCCUACAAGAGCUGGCCCUUAAGUUCUCAUCCAAACCUGUGAAAAAGGAACAGAAGGAUUCUGUGGACAAGCCCACAACACUAACCAAAAAGACCGUUGAUCUGCGUGUUUUGGAUUCAAAGUCUGCCCAGAAUCUAGCCAUCCUAUUGGGUGGCUCUCUCAAACAUUUAUCCUAUGAACAGAUCAAGAUUUGUCUGCUCCGCUGUGAUACGGAUAUUUUAUCCUCCAAUAUACUACAAAAUUUGAUACAAUAUUUACCGCCACCAGAGCAACUGAAGAGAUUGCAAGAGAUUAAGAACAAAGGUGAACAAUUGCCUCCCAUUGAACAGUUUGCUGCUACCAUUGGUGAAAUUAAACGCUUGUCUCCACGCCUGCACAAUCUUAACUUUAAGCUUACAUACGCUGACAUGGUACAGGAUAUCAAGCCGGAUAUUGUGUCCGGAACGGCGGCAUGUGAGGAGGUUCGCAGUAGCAAAAAGUUCUCCAAAAUUCUUGAACUUAUUCUACUGUUGGGCAAUUAUAUGAAUACUGGAUCAAAGAAUGAGGCAGCAUUCGGUUUUGAAAUCAGUUAUCUAACCAAACUAACCAAUACCAAGGACUCGGAUAAUAAGCAAACUUUGCUACACUAUCUGGCCGAUUUAGUGGAGAAAAAGUUCCCAGAUUGUCUCAAUUUCUAUGAUGAUUUGUCGCAUGUGGAUAAAGCGUCGCGUGUGAAUAUGGAUGCCAUACAAAAGUCCAUGAGGCAAAUGAAUUCGGCGGUAAAGAAUUUGGAAACCGAUUUGCAAAACAAUAAAGUACCUCAAUGCGAUGAUGACAAGUUUAGCGAGGUGAUGGGCAAGUUUGCCGCCGAAUGCCGUCAACAAGUCGAUGUCUUGGGUAAAAUGCAAGUCCAAAUGGAGAAGCUGUUCAAGGACCUUAGCGAGUAUUAUGCUUUCGAUCCGAGUAAAUAUACUAUGGAAGAAUUCUUUGGCGAUAUUAAAACGUUCAAGGAUGCCUUCCAAUCUGCUUACAAUGAGAAUGUUCGCGUCCGCGAAGAGUUGGAAAAGAAACGACGCAUGCAGGAGGCACGAGAGCAAUCGUUGCGCGAGCAAAUGGAACGCCAGCAACGUAAACUCGCGGUUGUCGAUAUGGAUUCAGCCCAGGCUCAAGAGGGCGUUAUGGAUAGUCUCUUGGAGGCAUUGCAAACGGGCUCAGCGUUUGGACAACGCAAUCGGCAGGCGCGUCGACAGCGACCUGCAGGUGCUGAACGUAGAGCGCAAUUAAGUCGCAGCCGAUCAAGAACGCGAGUCAACAAUGGACAGCUAAUGACGCGAGAGAUGAUUCUCAACGAGGUACUCGGCUCGGCAUAAACAAACAAGAAACCGAUUACAAUAAACCACCAAGCAUCGUCUGUGUAUAUACUAGACUUCCCCUAAAGAUUACUAUGGUCAAAGUUGGAAUUAUGAUUCAGAUUUAAAACAAAAUUUAAUAUCAAUACAAGAUAGUACAUUGAUAGUCCGAUUAUACGACCAAAAUCCGCACUGCCUUUUGUAUUCGGAUUUUGUUUAACGAUCUAUGGGGCCAUCUUCCUUUCAGUCAACUUGCCAUUUAAAUUCGAUUUCAAUUUUGACUACCUGUUGAUUACAAAUAAUUAUAUUUUUAUACGCUUUUUAAAAUCGGUAACUGUUACCUUGUUACCCAUCCCCUUAUUGUAAAAGGAGAAGUUGUUCAAUUUUUUAAUAUAUAUAUAUUUCUUUUUUAUA